CUGCUCGCGUGUCCCGUCUGCCUCUGGUGGGCCGGCCCUGGAGCGAGGCUGGCGGUCAGCGGAGGCGGUGACAACCCCUUCACACCUCAGCUGGAAGCUCGUGACUCCGGCGCCAUCCCUCUAUGGGUCCAUCAUACUGGCAGCUGUUGUCGGCGCGCUGCUGUUGUUACUGCUCAUCUUCGCACUAUACAAAGUGAGUAG